AUGAAAAUGUCACAAACAAUUGAUGCAUUCUUCAAAAGAAAGAAUGAUGAAAUUCGAGCUUCUCAAUCAAAUCCAACUACAAAUAUUGAUCAUUUGAAUUUUGAAAGUCGUCCUGCUAAAUCUUUAAGAGUUGAAAUCAAUGAGAGAUUUGAUAUUCAAUCAUUAGAGCGUGAUCCAGGAUUGCGACCACAUAUAUGGGAGUACCCCAUUGAAAAGCGUGAUGAAGUUAGAAGAGCUUAUAUUAAAGUUGGUCCAUAUCAAUAUAUGCUUUCAAAGUAUCCAAAGUCUAGAAAAAAACAUCCUCGCAGUUUUCAGGUAUCGUGGUUUAAGUUAUUCCCAUCUUGGUUGGAAUAUUCUCCUACUGCAGAUGCUGCAUUUUGCUUACCAUAUUAUCUAUUCCAUACUCAAGAUAGACCUUCUGGAUUAGAUGCAUUUACUAUUAAUAGGUUUCAUUCAUGGAAGAAGGUAAGAGAUGGGAAAAAUUAUACAUUUUUGGCACAUAUUGGAAAAGAUCUCACUUCACCUCAUCGAAAUGCAAAUGCUGAGAAAGCAUGUGAAGAUCUCAUGAACCAACAAAUACAUAUUGUACAAAGUUUUGAGAAGUUCACAUCUCAAGAAGUUGCUGAAAAUAAACUUCGUUUGAAAGCUUCAAUUGAGGUGACUAGAUGGCUUGUAUUUCAAGGAUGUUCUUUCAGAGAUCAUGAUGAGUCCAUUAUAUCAAACAAUCGUGGAAAUUUUUUAGAACUAUUGAGUUUCAUAGUCUCUUACAAUGACAAAGUAGAAGAAGUUUUGAAUAAAGCUCCACGAAAUGCAUCAUAUACAUUACCAACAACACAAAAACAAAUUUUAGGCUUCUUUGGAGUUGUUCAUAUUAAAGACACCAUAGCAUCAACAUUGAAAGAAUGUAUCUUUUUUGUCCUAUCUUAUCAUACUCUUGAUGUUCAAAAUAUUCGAGGGCAAGGUUAUAAUGGUGCAAGCAACAUGCGUGGUGAAUGGAAUGGAUUGCAAGCUUUAAUUUUAGGUGAAUGUCCUUAUGCUUACUAUGUUCAUUGUUUUGCACAUCGUUUGCAAUUGACACUAGUUGCUGCGUCGAAGGAAGUUAUCCCAGUCCGUCAUAUUUUUACCAAGUUAAGCUCUAUUAUCAAUGUCGUUAGUGCCUCAUCUAAGCGUAAUGAUCAAUUAAAAGUCACUCAUGCCUCAAAUAUUGCUCAUUUACUUAAUAUUAAUGAGCUUGAAAGUGGGAAAGGACUUAAUCAAAUUGGUUCUUUACAAAGGGCAGGUGAUACUCGUUGGAGUUCUCAUUUGAAAUCUAUAUCUAGUUUGAUAAAGAUGUUUAGUGCAACAUGUGAAGUUUUAUUGAAUAUCAUUGAUGAUGGAACUACACCCGCUCAACGUGGAGAUGCUGAUGCAGCUUAUGAGGUGCUAACUUCUUUUGAAUUUGUUUUUAUUUUGCAUCUAAUGAGGAAGAUUUUGGAGAUUUCUAAUUUGCUCUGUCAAGCUUUGCAACUUCAGUCUCAAGAUAUUUUGAAUGCAAUGCAUCUUGUUUCAUCUACUAAGUUGCUCAUUCAAAAAUUGAGAGAUGAUGGAUGGGAUGAAUUGGUUGCGGAUGUGAAAUCUUUCUGUCAAGCACUUAGUAUACCUAUACCGGAUUUCAAUGCUCAAUAUAUUGCAAGAAGAGGAAGGGCUCGCCAUCAACAAGAUGAAAUUACAGUAGAUCAUCAUUACAGAGUUGAUAUUUUUAAUGUAGUGAUAGAUUCUCAAUUGCAAGAAUUGAACAGCAAAUUUAAUGACAACACAGUGGAGUUGAUUAUUCUUAGCUCGGCAUUAGAUCCAAGGGAGAUGCGCAUUUCAUUCAGAAUUGAUGAUAUUUGCAGAUUGGUACAAAAGUUUUACCCCAAAGAUUUUGCAGAAUAUGAGAUGCUACAAUUAAGAAAUCAAUUUGAGCAUUUUGAUCAUGUGCGACAACUUCCUGAUUUUAGAACAUUGACAACUAUUUCUGAUUUAUGCCAAUGGUUGGUGAAAACUAGAAAGUCAGAAGUCUAUCCACUUGUGUUUAGAGUCUUAACACUUAUUCUCACACUUCCAGUUUCUACGGCUACCACAGAGCGAUCUUUUUCUGCUAUGAAUAUAGUCAAGACUAGGCUUCGUAAUAAGAUGGAAGACGAAUUUCUUAAUGAUUGUUUGCUAGUGUAUAUUGAGAAGCAAAUUGCUAAAAAGUUUAGUAUAGAUUCACUUGUAGAUGAUUUUCGUGAUAUGCAAGAGAGACGUUCUAAAUUUUAA